AUGAGUUAGGAGAUUUCAAAAGAAAUAUUAGCACUCUCAAUUCAUGUUGCAGCAGCCACAUCUGCGAUUACAAUACAAACUCAAUAAAGAAUGACUUUAGUGACAAAUAGUGUAUUAGAGACUGUGGGUUAAACAAUGAAGAUAAUAAAUUUCUUAAUGUCUUGCUCUUAGAAACAGUCACACUUAGAAGCAGUUAUAGAAGAACAAGAAGAUGACGGCUAGAAGGAUUCAAAAACAAAGGAUUGUUUAAAUGAAUAGUUCUUCAAAACUGUAUAAGCUGAUUGUUUUAAUGAUGAAGUGAUGGAAAAUUAGAAGUAGAAAGAAAAUUGUCCUACAGACAUAAUCUUGAGACAGGCAAGUGAGUUGAAAGGAUAAAGUAUAUUGAAAUCAAAUAAUAUUUUCUCAGCAGAAUAUCCAAAAUGCUAUGUUAAGCAAGUUGAAAAUUUAACACCAAUUUAGAUAAGAAAACCAUCUUUAUUGUCUUAGCAACUUUCCUAGAUUAAGGUAGAUAAAUUGAAAGAAGCAGAGGAAUAGAGAGAGUUAAUGAAAUUAAUAGAAUCUGUAGAUCCCAUAGAAUUAAUCCCGAAGUUAAAAUCAAUUGAAAUUUAUGAUGAGUAUAAACGAUCAUCAGGAUAUAAAGAUAUAUUAGUAUAUUCAAACAAGCAAUAGAUAGUGAUUAAUGAGCAAGAGGAGGAAUAAUAGUUGAUGGAUUCUUCAAGCAAAUCAGAGUGGUAUGAGAAUUCUUCAGUUGAAUAUCGUGCUACUUCUUAUAAUACAAAUGAAUCUUCAAAUUUGGAUCAUCAUUCAUAUAAAUGGAAGAGUAGCAGUUUUGGAGAUGAUAAUUUAAUGUAAGAGUGUGGAUUUCAAUUUCAAUCUUCAGUGUUCGAUUUUCCAUUUCCUGAAGAUUUCUGUGCUGACAGUUAGAACAUACAUACUAACAUAUAAAAUAUUGAGAACAAGAAUUAACACACUCCCAAAAAAAGGAGACUCUAUUGUAACAAUAAGAAAGUUCCUCAUUGGGCUGAAAAUUUAGAAAAAGUAUCACUUCAUUAGAAUUAAUAAUAGAAUUUAUCUUAGAAUUAAAUAUUUGGUAGAAUGAAAUAAAGGGUUCUAGAUAUUGCUAAGUAGUUUUCUUUCAAUAGAUUAAACAAAAGAGGCAGUUCAGCUUAGUGGCAUAUAUCUAAUGAUAAGUAUGAGUAGAUGUAAAAGUAAAUGAUGAAGUUGCAAUAAAUAUAAGAUGAAAAUAUCGUAAAAUUGAAGUAGCAUUAAGAGGAUUCUGUGUAAAAGAAUUAAGGACUUUAUGCUAAAACAUAGUACUUUUUAACGAGCAUCAAAAAAAAGAUUCUGAAUUCUUUUGAAAAAGAAUACAAAUACAAAAAUGUUUGA